GGGGUUGAGUGUGACCACGUGACAGUUCAAAGGGCAUGCAGAGGUCGUGUUGUGCUUCUCCUUCUUUCUUACACGUUUGUGUGUUUUUAAGCCAGCCGGUUCUGGUGAUGCGAUGGCUUUCCUGACUCUCUUCGUGAGAAGGCAGCUGCCGCAGGCCGUCAGCUACUUCGCCCGCGCAGUGGAGCUGGGCCGGCCCGGCUGCGGCGGAGCCCCGCUGCGGAGGCUGCACGGCUCGGCGCGGCAGCGGGUCGGGGAGAAGGGGCCGUGGGGCAAGAGCCAGCGGGGUCCGGAGCAGCCACUGCAGCAGUACCACCUCACAGACCUCGACAAGGCGGACGCUUUGAUGCUAAGGAAGUCACAUGAAACAGGGUUCCUGUCGUGGUUCAGGAACGGCUUGCUGGCGACUGGGAUUGGAGUCAUUGCUUUUGUCCAGAGCGAAGUGGGACGGGAAGCAGGAUACGCCUUCUUCAUCCUGGGAGGCGUCUGCGUGUCGUUUGGCGGCGCGUCCUACGUUGGCAGCCUGUUCGCCUUGCGGAGGCUGAUGCUGCUGUCGGUGCCAGCUCUGCUGCUCCAGGGCACCGUGGUGGGCACCGUCGCCCUCUUCUGGCUCUGCGCCGUAUCGCUGUACAUCGGCCGCCUGGAGGUGGAGAUCAUCCACGACGACGAGGAGGGGGACGGCGGGGAGGACGAGGGAGAGUGCCGGAAGUGCCGCGAGAGGCGGGAGCAGCGAGGUCACAGAGGCUCCCGGGACAGUGAGGACAGUGGCAGCAAGGGCCAAAACAAAUAGCGAUCUUCCAGGAAUGCUCAGUGUGUGUGUGUGUUUUUUGUUGUUUUUUUCUUGAUGCUCUGAUUCAGGGUUUCUGUUAUUUGUAUGUUUGUGCAAAAUGCAUAUGUGUUCAUGUGCAGACUGUGAGCUUAAAAAAACAGCAAACCUGUCAUCUAUUGUUGUAAAAAAAUUAUUCAGGUGAAGAAAAACUUUUAACUUUUUUUUUUAAAAACAGUUUAAAGACGCUGGAAAUUGUGGAAAAUCUGUUUAUUUCCUGAAUAAACAUGUUUUUUCUAAAAAACUCUUUUAGUUCAUCUGAAAAUGUUCUUCUGUUUUUUAUUUUUUAUUCGAUGCUUAUGAUUUACUUUUUGUGCCACCGUCAGUCUUCCUUGGAGACUGUUUGUUUUAUCAACAUGAUCGGUAGAAUCAAGGCUGACCUUUCACCUUAAGUCAGUUGUUUUGUCUCAAAAGUUUUUUUUUGUUUUUUUUUUAAAUAAUCAGAGAAAAUGACACUGAGGGCUCAAGUUUUUUUUUUAUUAUUACUUUACCACUGCAACAGCACUUUUGUCAAGCUUUGUUUUUUGUCACUAUACUUCCUUAAAACUGUUUGGAAACAGGAUAUUUUUCACAGUUCUCUCUGUGUUUAUAUAUUUUGUUCUGUUUUCUUUUUUUUAAAUCAUGUACAGUACCAAACUAUAUCCAAAAACUCUUUACAGUGAAUCUUCUGUUUUCAGGUUAUCUCUGUAAGUUCUGUUUUAAUGGAUGCAAGGCGUUGAUGCUGGUAAUUAUAUUGAAUUUGUUUGUGAAAAGCGGGUGUUUACUAUUGUUUACUUUUGUGCACCACAGUGCAUGCAAUAAUAAAACCAGAGGAACUCUGUAGUGAGACCCAGCA